GCAGGUUUGGGGGAUUCUCUUCUGAGCUUGGCUUCAAGUCCCUGAAGGACAUUCGGACCUGUGAUCACCAAGGCGAGGAGCAGUGAUAGGACCAUGUGGCUGUCCCCUGCUCUGCUCCUUCUCAUCCUCCUAGGCUACUCCAGUGUUGCAAGUGCUAUCAGUGGUCCAGAAGUGGUGAGUGGCCCGGAGUGGGGAUCAUUGACUGUGCAGUGUCAUUAUGAUUCUGGAUGGGAAACCUACAAGAAGUGGUGGUGUCGAGGGGCUAAUUGGGGCAGCUGUAAGAUCGUUAUUGUGACCAGUGGAUCAGAGGAUGAGGUGAAGGCAGACCAUCUGUCCAUCAGGGACAGUCACAAAGAUCUCAUGUUCACCGUGACCAUGGAAGACCUCAGGAAAGAUGAUGCUGACACUUACUGGUGUGGGAUUGAGAGAAGUGGAUCUGACCUUGGGGUCCAAGUGAAGGUGAUCAUCACCCCAGGCCACCCCAUUGCCAAGAAUCCAGUUACCAUUCCAGAAGAAACAAGUGGCUUGGAGCAAAGCUUAUUUACCAUGCAGUGUAGUUAUGACCAAGAAUGGGAAAGCUACAUAAAGGGGUGGUGCCAAGGGGCUGAUACGGGCAGCUGCAGGAUCCUUGUUGUGACCACUGGAUCUCAGCAGCAUAUGCAAGAGUACCAUGUGUCCAUCGGGGACAGUCAGAAUCACAUGUUCAAUGUGACCAUGAAGGAGCUCCAGAGAGACAAUGCUGACACUUGCUGGUGUCGGCUGAAAAGAAAUGGAAUUGAGCGUGGGGUCAAAGUGAAGGUGGACAUUGACCCAAGAGAGGCCGUGUAAUGUGUCUCUCAGAGCAUGCUCUGCCCUGGUCCCUGAGGUCCCACUCGAGUGUACUAACUGUCCCUCAGCAGCACCUAUGGCAGAGGACAGUUGAGUCCUGAGGUCUUGCUAUGCUUUGCUGUGCUUGCCAUGGUUUGAGUAUUUGUCCCCUCUAAAGCUCCUGUAGAAACACAAUCCUUAGUGUGGCAGGAUGGAGAUGAGGGUCCUUUAAGUGGUGACUGUGUCAGGAGGGCUCUGGCCUCAGGAAUGGAGUGACCAUUCAUGGGUAAUUGACAGGUGGGUGUCAUGGAAUGGGACUGAGGGCUGCACAAGAAGAGGAUUUGAGACCUGAGAUGCCACAUCCAUUCUUUGCAAGGAAUCAGUUAGAGAUUCCCUGCAGAGAGCCCUGCCAGCAAGAAGGCUGUUACCAGGUGGGGCCCCUCCAGCUUGGACUUCUCGGCCUCUGCAACUGUAUGAAAUAAAUUCCAUUUCUUUAUAUACUA